GGCCGUUUGCUCCGAAACGCCAAACUGGCCAAACUGCACGGCAGGUUGCAAGCUGCUGCAAGCUCUCGAGUGCUCUUCAUUUGUGUUCAAGGUGUUACGCGUACUUUACUGCGCGCUCACACGCGAUAAUCAUUCAACACACAUUGACUACCCAGUCGUACGUCUCAGCGCAACGAUUACAAGCACGACGUCGACUACGUUUUGGACAUCCGAAGUUAGGGAAUUCUCCUACCUAGACUCGGCCAACUCGGCUCCCAUCAAGGAAUUUUAAGGCGAACAGCAGAUGGUGGCGCCGCCGCCCUCCUGACCUCUGUCGCUCCCGCAAGAUUGAGGUUUCAUGAGCGACAAGAACUUCAUGCCAUCAUCUCGGUCUGUGACGGGUUGAUUGCUAGAAAGCAAAAGCGGCCACACGAUGGUUGUGCAACACUGUGAAAUGUGCAAUGUGUGUUUGAUCUUGCCUCCUGCCCAGUGCGAGUCAUGGCGACGCCUCGGCACAUUCCUAGGAAAAGGAGUCGCUUGCUUGUCUGAUGUUUCGUGUGUUCCGUGCCUGGGGGUGCUCAUGUUUGUGCGUACAAGUUCUAUCCGUAAGAAAAGAAAACAAAAAAAAGUUGCGCGACGGCGGCCUCGACGGUGCUUCUGUGCCCUAUUCGACGAUCGGCGACGGGAAGAGCGACCCCGCUGCGACCGCCUUCCGACGAUAAAAAUAGCUCCGUGCGGCGCCUGUGGUUUAGCGAGCAAAAAUGUGUCGACGACGAGUUUGCUGCUUCUUCGAAGAGGUGCCAAAGAGUUGCGGUUUUCGUGAUCGGUGCCUUGUUGUGUCUCGUGCGAGUGGGGCGGAAGCAGUUCGUGGUGCGGAAAGGCUGUCGCGGAGCGGGGCUAUCGUCCCGACGCCAUUGUGUAUCGAUCCUCGUCACCCAAGAUGGCCGUGUUUCGUGCAGUGCGUCGCCGCCACCGCCGAGCGUCGGAUGGAGUGAUCGCAGGCUUCUGAAUGCGUGCCCGAGGAUGAAACGGCAGCAGGACAGAGACUCGCCCAAGAGCAAGCGGCCCAUGGCGCGCUACGACGACAGCCCGCGCGGGACGCCUGACCGGCGCGGGGGCGACCGGCGCGGCUCCAACAAGUCGCCCAGCGAGCAUCGGCGGCGAGGCGGGCGCGACGCCUCGGCCGACCGGGGAGUCUCGGGGGGCUCGUUCGACGACUACCGGCUCAAGGUGGAGCGGAGCCCGCCGUACAACGGCUACAAGGUGCUGUGCCUGUCCAACCUCAAUCAUAAGAUCUCGGACGUAAUGCUGCGCGAGACGCUGCAGGACCAGUUCAGCCGCUUCGGUAACGUUUCUGUGAAGGUGUGCCACGAGGGCAACGAGCCCGUCGCCUACGUCUACUUCCGCUCGUACGAGGAGGCUAAGGAGGCGCGGCACGCCAAGUCCCGGCUGGUGCUCUUCGACAAGCAGGUGCAGGUGGAGCCCGUGCUGCGCGUGCGCCAGCGGAGUCUGAGCCCGCCGCCCGAGUACCACCACCACCAUCACCACCCGUCAUCGUCGCCCGGGCCGCGGCGAAUGCGCAUGGAGCAUCACCGGCUGCCGCCGCCCCCACCCCCGCCCCCUCCACCCCCCGCGAUGGACCACCGGGGUAUGGACCCUCGGGCCCUGGAGCGCGGGCCGUUCCAGAAUCGCUUUCGGCGUGAGGACGGCAAGAAGGAGAAGUUCCCCAACUACCUGCACCACGUGCCGCCCGAGGACGACGACAAGGCGACUCGCACCCUGUUUGUGGGCAACUUGGAGGUGACCAUCUCGGAGGCGGACUUGCGCCGCAUCUUUGAGCGCUAUGGCGUGGUGGAGGACGUGGACGUGAAGCGGCCACCGCCGGGCCAGGGCAACGCAUAUGCCUUCAUCAAGUUUCUCAACCUGGACAUGGCCCACCGGGCCAAGGUGGAGAUGUCGGGCCAGUACAUCGGCAAGUUCCAGUGCAAGAUUGGCUAUGGCAAGGCCACUCCGUCUAUGCGCAUCUGGGUGGGUGGCCUGGGCUCUUGGACCUCCCUGGCGCACCUGGAGCGUGAGUUUGACCGCUUUGGCGCCAUCCGCAAGAUCGACUGGGUCAAGGGUGAGAACCACGCCUACCUGCAGUACGACAGCAUUGACGCCGCACAGGCGGCUUGCCAGGAGAUGCGGGGCUUCCCGCUCGGCGGGCCGGACAAGCGGCUGCGUGUUGACUUUGCCGAUCCCGACCCCUUCGGUUACUACCCGGGCUUCCCACCCGCGGGGGCGCCAGAGCCCUUCCGGCCGGACUUCCCAGACCCGGCCUGGGCAGGGCGCUACGACGAGCCCCGCCGGUGGGAGGCCUCCUGGGGGCCGCCGCCCCCUGGCGUCCCGGGCCCCCCGGGGGGCGCUGCGGCCCCUGGCCCCAACUGGCGUCCGCGCACCCCCCCGAGCCCACCGGCCAAGCGGGAGAACGGUGGCAGCGGCGGCGGUAGUACCCGGACGGUGUCGACGCUGCAGGAGCUGGGGCGCACGUGUGCGUCAGCGUGGCAGGGGGGCCUGGUGCUGAAGAACAGUGCAUUCCCGGCCCGCAUGGUGCUCUGCUCGGGGGACUCGGUGGAGCCCCUGCUCGGGGGCCAGGCAUCCCUGCGCAUCACACAGCGACUGCGGCUGGACCCGGCCAAGCUGGCCGACGUGGAGCGGCGCCUGGCCCAGGGCUGCGCCAUCCUGGUGGCCCUGGCCCAGGAGCAGGCCGGAGGCCAGCCCCAGCGGCCCCUGCGCAACCUGGUCAGCUACUUGAAGCAGAAGGAGGCAGCCGGCGUCAUCCCCCUGGCCCGGGCCGUGCUCUACGCCUUCCCGCCGUGCGCAUUCGCCCUGCAGGUGCUGCGACGCGCCUGCCCCGCCAUCCAAUCGGCCGACGAGGACCAUCUCGUGGUGGUGGUGGCUCCCGGCACCUAGCCUCUCCCCCUCCCUCCGACCCCUGUUCUGUCACGCUCAAUAAACGCUGGUGCCUGCGUGCGUUUU